AUGACGGGCCCUGGGUCAGUGCACGGGCUCCCGGGCGGGUCAGUGGCUGUGCGGUGCCAGUAUGAGAGAGGCUACGAGGAUUAUCUGAAAUUCUGGUGCAGAGCAGGAACCGUGUGGUGUUCCAGUGGUCACAUCGUUUACACCAAUGGGUCGGAGGCGGAGGUGACGCAGGGCAGAGUCUCCAUCCGAGACAAUCACACCCAGCGCGUGUUCACUGUGACCCUGGAGAACCUGACACUGGCAGACGCUGGCACGCACCACUGCGGGGUACACAGGACUUUGCUUCCUGAUCUCAGGGCCACUGUGGAAGUCACCAUCUCCCCAGCCAUCCACACCUCCACCUCCACUGGAAGGCCCCCAGUGACAACAGAGCAGCCCAGCGGGGCUGCUUCCACAUCCAUUACACUCUCUAUAAGCAGCAACGACACUCAUGCACUGUGA